GCACCGGGGAUCGACCGGUCCGCUAGUUUGGUGAUCGUCUCCGGGUUUCGGUUUUCGGUUUGUUUAGAUUUAUCCGGACUCGCUGGUGGAUUUGUUCCGGACAGGCGCGAUGUCCCACGUCCAGUUAUCGAGCAGCGCGCUGGAGCGACUGGCGGCCCGAAGAACCUUCCCUCUGCACGCGCGAACCGGAGUCUGCCGGAACCUCUUCGGACCGGUAGACCACGACGAACUGCACCGGGAGAUGAAGGACAAGCUGCGGGAGAUCGCCGACAUGGACCGGCAGAGGUGGAACUUUAAUUUCGAGGCCGAUUCCCCGCUGGAAGGGGAUUACAAGUGGGAGGAGAGCCCCCGGGAUAAGACCCCCGUCUUCUACCAGGACUCGGUUCAGACAGGGAACACUCGGGCGGGUGCUGCGCCCGUCAAGGUGAAGCCCACCUCGGACCCCGACCCGCAAGACACACCUCUUGUUCCUGUGGGAGUAGUACCGCCCGGCUUCGAGGACCGGCUGAGCGGGCCGGACGGCGGCGGCGGAGGCGGCGGUGGCAGCGGAGGCGGAGGCGGCGCCCGGGGUCCAGUCGAGGUGAAUCAGGAGAACCGGACGGACAAGCUGAACUCAGGGACGACGCGCAGGCGGCUCCGGUGUGCCCGACACAAGAGCAGCGGCACGACCGACACCAACACAACUCGCAUCACAGACUUCUUCGUCAAACGGAGGAAGACUGCCGAGACCAAGGCGAGCGAGAGCGCUCGCCGCCUCCCCAGGUCUCCCGCUCCGCGGAAGAGGAUCCGCUGAAGGUGUUUUUGCUCUACUGUUCACGUAUUUUGAGAGGGUCUUGGGAGGAGAUCGCCCCUCCCCCACUGCGCCGUCUGUCCUGGAGGAGGAGGAGGACGGGGUACGGCCGACUGCUCCACCCGCUGUUUGGGCUCCGGCAGGACCGGGCGGACUCGGACUCACAACUGAACGGUCAGAAAAGAAGACAGACAAGGAGAAGAGAGCGAGAGAGAGAGAGAGAGAGAGAGAGAAAAAAUGCGAGAGAAUGCGAGAGAAUGUGAGAGAGUGAGCGAGAGAGCGAGAGAG